ACGAGUCCUCCAAUCAUGACGUGAAUGUGAAUGUUGCAUGGGAAAGUUGACAAUUGCGGGGAGUCGGCUAUUCUGUUGUCGGCUCCGACAUGCACGAGCCACAGCGGCAGAAAGUAGCAAGUCGUUUGCGGAGCGACCAUAACAAUUCCAUUCAAUCUUAGCAAGCAACACCAUGGUCAUGGAGAUUUUAUGACUGACUGUCUUUUUCAAAAUUUCCAAGUGUUAAAAUAUUGAUUAUUGGUCAAAUUUUAUCUCUGGUCCUUCUUUCCCCCAAGCCUUAGCAAUGGCGUGGGCAAACGCCUCACGGCCUCUGAUCCAACGCUGCUACAGAUGUGCCUUUGGUCUGUCACGCCGCAGCAAUACGACGGCUGCUGCUGCCGCUACUGCUAGACCCUCCAUUGCACCGAAGCCCGUUAUCGAUAUCAAGCACAUUCGACAAAAUCCAGAGCUCUAUACACAAAACUGUCGCGACCGAAACUACGGAGCUCAGAGUGGGCAUUCUUAUCGAAUCGUGCAGCUUUUCGAAGAGUGGCAAGCUCUUCAAAAGGAUGCACGGGGCUUGCGAGAGCGGAGUAACAUCCUGCGACGAAGGUUCUCGAACGCUGGCUCUCUCAAAGACAAGGCCGAGGAUGCCGAACUGGCCGACAAAGACCGGGAGACUUUACUGGAGGAAGCUCGCGAGCUGAAGCAAAAGCUUGCCGACAUUGAAACCAAGGAAGCAGAGAUAAAUCUGGAAAUCGAGCAACUCGCCGUUGAGCUUCCAAACAGUACAAGUAUGGAGACACCAAUUGGAGAGGAGCCAAAACUGGUUGGCUUUAUCAACGAACAUCCCGAGCCUGUGCCCUCAACUUCAGAUCGGGUUUGGAGAUCGCAUGUUCAUGUUGGCAGUGAGCUAGGAAUUCUAGACUUUGCAGGUGCUGCGAGCACUUCUGGAUGGGGUUGGUACUUUCUCGUCAAUGAGGCCGCCUUGCUGGAGCAAGCCCUUGUGCAGUAUGCGCUGUCUGUGGCACUUAAACGCGGGUGGACCGUGGUGUCUCCGCCCUCAAUCGUCUACUCCCAUAUCGCAGCCGCAUGUGGGUUCCGACCCCGCGAUCAAAAUGGCGAACAACAGAUAUACGCGCUUGAAAGGAGCGAAAAGGACCUUAGGAAACCAGAGCUGUGUCUCGCUGGGACGGCAGAGAUCCCAUUGGCUGGAAUGAAGGCAAAUCAGGUACUAGAUGAGGAAGAGCUUCCCAAGAAGUACAUUGGCGUAAGUAGGUGCUAUCGAGCGGAAGCCGGAGCGCGUGGCGUAGAUACCAAGGGACUCUACCGUGUGCACGAAUUUACCAAAGUGGAAAUGUUCGCCUGGACAAUGCCUGACGAACCAACGGACACCGAUCAAGGCAUGUCACAUUCCGGCAAAAUCUUUGACGAGAUGAUCUCCAUACAGACAGAAAUCUUAGAAUCUCUAGGAUUGCAUUGCCGCAUCCUUGAGAUGCCCUCAACCGAUCUUGGAGCCAGCGCUACACGGAAGCGGGAUAUUGAGGCAUACUUUCCUUCACGCCGCGCGAAGGAUGAAGGGUGGGGUGAAGUCACGUCAACAUCUAUCUGUACCGACUAUCAGAGUCGACGACUCGCAACACGGGUUGCGACUGGCAAAGCCAGAAAAAUGAUCUGGCCCCACACUGUCAACGGUACAGCACUGGCCGUUCCCCGCGUCUUGGCUGCAUUGUUAGAGAAUGGAUGGGACGAGAAGGAGAAUAAGGUUAUUAUCCCGCCUGUUCUACGGCCGUGGAUGGGCGGCAUGGAAACGAUUCAGAGGAGAUAUCCACGAGAUGACAUGUGGUGAAGAAACAUGUGCUUCAUCAACGUGUUCGAUCAUAAGUGAGUGGGUUGGUGCCAGCAGUCGUACGCGACGCAAUAAGCAUGCAGACGCAAGUGAAAGUCACAGUUGAGUUGC